CAUUUUCAGGGAAUAGCUGCAAAUGUGAAUUCCCACAGUACUUCCGUCAGAUCAUUUGGAUGAAAAAAGCACACCCCCUGGUUCAUAGAUUAAAGAUGGUUCGCAGACUAUUUCAGUUAAAGCUACUAACAUGCUCCUGCCAUCGAAGACAAUAUGACAUUUGUGCCUUUGCAUUGGGAAUUCGGUUGGACGACACUCCGCUGUAGAGCGAAAGGUUUCGUGGCUGAGCGACUAUUUCUCACAUCCUGCUUUGUUUCCCGCUACUGUCUGUCGACGAUGUGACCGAAUCUACAGGCUGCAUUUACUGCUGGUAGUAACUUAAAAUUGGGCGGCGUGAGGAAAUAAACAGCAGGAUGGUGACUUUGUAAAAGAUCAUCGUGAAGCACACAGAAGCCAAAGGCCAUAAAAAGCCUGGCCUCGGUACCCUCACAGCCUACCUAGCAUAUCUGCUGCAUAGAUGGAGCGGCUGCGCUGGGUGCAGCAAUGCUGUCGGCAGCUGCUAGCAGGAGACUCAAGGCGGGGUUGGUACUCUGAUGGGCUGCCCAACAGCAGCUUGCUGGACACCCACAGCCCUCGGGGGAGGGUCUGUGGGAAGCAGAGGACGGUAUUUCCCCGCAAUGGGCGUCACCAACAGGAUUAUGAACGUGUAUCCAGAAACUACAAAAGCAAUGCAAUCUCCACUACCAAAUACACCUUCCUGACUUUCAUUCCCAUGAAUCUGUUCGAGCAGUUUCACAGGGCUGCAAACCUCUAUUUCCUGUUCUUGACAUUGCUAAACUGGGUGCCAGUGGUUGAAGCCUUUCAGAAGGAAAUUACUAUGAUUCCUCUGCUGGUGGUUCUCAUAAUUAUCGCCAUCAAAGAUGCCCUGGAAGACUUCAGACGCUACUUGUUUGACAAGAAGGUUAACAACAAUGUAGUUCGAGUAUUCUGUGGUGGACUCAUGAACAGCACGGAGCAACCAUCCUGCCCUCAUGCUACCAAGGAGCACCACCGGAAGAAGAGGACCGUGGUACCUUCCUUCAUAGAGAAUGAGGAACUGAAGGAGCUCCUACAGCUGUAUAAAAGCAACAAGAUCCGGACAACAAAGUAUUCCUUUCUGUCCUUUCUGCCCAAGAAUGUUUUUGAGCAGCUCCACCGAUUCGCUAACGUCUACUUCAUUUUCCUUGCUGCACUAAACUUUGUCCCUGUUGUGGAAGCCUUUCAGCCAGAGAUCGCUCUGGUUCCUAUUGGAGAAGAGUUCACUCCUGAGAGUUUCCACAGUCGUAUUGAGUGUGAGAACCCCAACAAUGACCUCAGCAGGUUUAGAGGUUACAUGGAGCACUCAAAUGGGGUUCGUGUAGGCCUCAAUAGUGGCAACCUGUUGCUCAGGAGCUGCACCAUACGCAACACUGAAACGGUGGUAGGCAUCGUAGUCUAUGCUGGUCAUGAGACUAAAGCCAUGAUGAACAACAGCGGGCCGAGGUAUAAGCGCAGUAAGCUGGAGAAGCACCUGAAUACAGACAUCCUUUGGUGUGUGGUCCUACUCUUCGUUAUGUGCCUGACUGCUGCUAUAGGCCACGGCCUCUGGAUGAACAGCUUUAAAGAAUCCAUCUUCCAGGUCGAUACUGAGACGCCUCCUGCCCUGGCUGGAUUCUAUAUAUUCUGGACUAUGGUCAUUGUGUUGCAGGUGCUGAUCCCAAUUUCUCUAUACGUGUCCAUUGAGAUUGUGAAACUAGGCCAGAUCUACUUCAUCCACAACGACCUAUCCUUGUACAACAAACAGCUGGACUCUAGGAUCCAGUGCCGUGCUCUCAACAUUACCGAGGACCUCGGUCAGAUUCAGUACCUGUUCUCUGAUAAAACAGGAACGCUGACAGAAAAUAAGAUGGUGUUUCGCCGCUGCAGUAUCUUUGGAGUUGAAUAUCCUCAUGAGGAAAAUGCUCGAAGGCUUGAGGUGUACGAAUCAGAAAACACCGAGACGGCUGUUCGCUCUGUGACUCUGAAGUCAGGCUACAGUGGGAAAUCUCUGAGCUGUCGCUCUCUCAGCUGCAACCGCAGCUCUGUGUCUCUUCACACGCUUACUGCUGAGCCAAUGGAGGAGGAUCAACUGUCGGGUCACGUCCAGCCCAGGACCGGCGCCUUCUGCAGCCGCAUGGCAAAGGAGGUGGUACCAGACCCCGCACUUGGCAGGAAGCUGAACUGGCUGACAAACCACUCCUCAUCCGAGACUCCAUCCAGCAUGGAACUCACCUACAUAACUGACUUCUUCCUGGCUCUGGCCAUCUGUAACAGUGUGGUGGUUUCUUCGCCCAACCAGCCUCGACAUGUGAUACCUGAAGAACGGACACCUCUAAAGUCUCUGGAAGAAGUUAAGUUGAUGUUUCAGCGUUUCAGUUUCUCUCCCUUCUCCGCUCUCUCCCCUUCCCAAAUCAAAGGCAGCCCUCACAGCUUAAAAAGCAGGCUAUUUAUUAGGGGGAAGAGAGGCUCUCUCACUCUCUCCACUCCCGUGAGCAACACCACAGACGUGUCAGGCUCAAGCCAGGAAAAUGACUCUAAACCAGACUUAUCUGCCAGAGAGGAGGAAGAACAAGAUGUGGAGGACCAAGAGACAGAGGAUGACUUAAAGGAUACACAGACAAACCCUGAUGAGGCAAGACAGAGCAUGCAAGACCUGACCAAACAAGUGGAAGAGAUAACCGAUGAACUGGUGUAUGAGGCAGAGAGUCCAGAUGAGGCAGCUUUGGUCCAUGCAGCACGAGCAUACCGCUGUACCCUGAGGGGUCGCUCUGCAGAGAGCCUGCUCGUGGAUCUGCCAGGAAUCGGCUCCCUGGCUAUCCAGCUGCUCCACAUCCUGCCCUUUGACUCCAACAGGAAAAGGAUGUCCGUAGUGGUUCGCCACCCUCUGACGGGACAGGUGGUGGUUUUCACCAAGGGUGCGGACUCAGUCAUCAUGGACCUGGCUGAAAGCCCCACAGAUCAGACGGAGGUAUACAGUCACAUCAAAGAAAAAACCCAAAAACAUUUGGAUGCUUAUGCCAGAGAAGGCCUCCGCACACUCUGCAUCGCUAAAAAGGUUCUGAAGGAGGAUGAGUAUGACUUGUGGCUGAAAGCACACAUGCUGGCAGAGAGCAGCAUAGAGAACAGAGAGGAGCUUCUUCUGGAGUCAGCUCAGAGGCUUGAGACCAACCUCACUCUGUUGGGUACCACAGGGAUUGUAGACAGACUCCAGGAGGAGGUUCCAGAGACCAUUGCUGCUCUUCAGAGGGCUGGUAUUAAAGUUUGGGUUCUCACUGGAGACAAACAGGAAACAGCCAUCAACAUCGCUUAUGCCUGCAAACUUCUAUGUGCCAGUGACAAACUGCUGACAGCUAACUGUGGAAGCAAGGAUGCUUGUGCAGCUUUAUUUGAGGAUCUCAUACUGGAAGUCCAGGGUGGUGAGAGUUUGACUGCCCUUACUGGAAAUGGGGAAUCCAUGUCCAGCAGCUUCAUUCUGGUCAUAGAUGGCCGGACGCUGGGUUGGGCCUUGGAGGACGAAUUGAGGAGCAACUUCCUGGAGCUGAGCCGGCGAUGCAAGGCAGUGAUCUGCUGCCGUUCCACUCCACUGCAGAAAAGCCAAGUGGUCCAGCUGAUCCGGGACCAUCUUGGUGUCAUGACCCUGGCUGUGGGUGAUGGAGCCAAUGACGUAAGCAUGAUUCAGGUGGCUGAUGUGGGCAUUGGGAUAUCUGGACAGGAGGGAAUGCAGGCUGUGAUGUCCAGUGACUUUGCUAUUUCACGGUUUAAACACCUCAGCAAGCUGCUGCUGGUUCACGGCCACUGGUGUUACUCUCGUCUUGCAAACAUGAUACAAUACUUCAUCUACAAGAAUGUGAUGUAUGUGAAUCUGCUGUUCUGGUAUCAGUUCUUCUGUGGUUUUUCUGGGAGUGUCAUGACCAACUCCUGGGUGCUCAUCCUCUUCAAUCUAAUCUUCACAUCAGCUCCUCCGCUCAUUUACGGCAUUCUCAACCAAGAUUUACCUGCUGACACUCUGAUGGAGCUGCCCGAGCUCUACCAGGAUGCACAAACUUCCAAGACGUUUGUUCCAUACAUGUUCUGGAUCACGGUCCUGGAUGCUUUUUACCAAAGCCUCGUUUGCUUUUUUGUGCCUUACUUUGCAUACGCAGGAUCAGAUGUUGGGGUGCUGUCCUUUGGCUCACCGAUCAACGCAUCAGCACUUUUCAUUAUUCUGCUGCACCAAGUGAUCGAGAGCAACACGCUGACAUGGAUUCAUACGGUCGUGUUGGUGCUCAGCUGCACUUCCUAUUUUGGUUUUGUACUGCUCCUCAGUGGCUUCUGUGUGACCUGCAGCCCCCCUGUCAACCCUCUGGGGAUUGAGUUACUCCAAAUGUCCCACUCUCUUUUCUACAUCACAUGUGUUCUCACUACUGUGGCAGCUCUGUUACCCAGGCUGUUUUUUCAAGCUUUAUGCAACACACUGCACCCAUCUACAGUUUUGAAAUCAGCUCACAUGGAUACAGUGGACUCUGAAAAUUACCGCAGGAGAAUGCAGCGCUGGAACAUGACCCACUCCAAAACCAACAGGCUCUCGGCGGGUGCCGACAACGCUGGCCUGGAGCCCAGCUUAGCGUGAGAGCUACGCACAUGCAGAGAGUUGCACUUGAUACCUCUACUGAUGCACAAUCUCCCCUGAGAAAAGUAUACCUGAAACUGAAGGAAAGGUUUCUGUUAAUGUGCCGCACUGAAGUGUACAUCACAGCCAGAACAGAAGUUUUGGUUCAGUAAAAGACUUUGACUCCAAAGAACACUGAAUAUAACUGGCUGCGUUUUGUAUGAAUGAGAAGUAUGCAUCUGUGAUUUUAUGAAUAAAGUAUGUGAAAGUAA